AAGCACCCGGUAUCGCGGGAAAACCAGCGAGCGCGGCCACCUGUUUCGCGCCACCCCCACUGGCCUCCCUCCAGUAUAAAUCCAGCUCCACUCCAACCCUCCUCCUCAACAACAACAACAAAGCAUCGUUCAAUUCAGUUCACAAAUCACAACAACAACAGCGCGAGAAAUUUAAAGAGGAGAUCAUCGGAUCAAUCUCAUCAAUGGCGGGUGCAGCGAAGGCGUCGUGGAUGGUGGCGAUGAGCGUGGGCGCCGUGGAGGCGCUCAAGGACCAGGGCGGACUCUGCCGCUGGAACUACGCGCUGCGGUCCAUCCACAAGGCAGCCAAGGCCAACGCCGCCGGCGUCUCGCAGGGCAAGAAGCUGCCUGCCUCCGCGGCGGCGGUGGCGGAGAGGAGGAGAGCGGAGAAGGCCGAGGAGGGGUUGAGGACGGUCAUGUACAUCAGCUGCUGGAGUACUAAUUAGUGUAUAAACUCGAGAUACUAGUACGUAGCUAGAGCUGAAGUAGCAAACCAUGGCUUGAGAUUUGGCCGGUUGCUUCCUUGAUGUGUAUAUAUAUCAAGAUGAUGAUGAAAAUUUCUUGUUACUAAA